GGUGCGAGGCGGCCGGCUUGUCCCGGCUGAGCCGCCCUCGGGGGUCUCCGGCCUCCGCUGACCCCCGGGCCGGCCCGCGCAGGCGGAAGUCGAGCAGAAGAAGAAGCGGACGUUCCGCAAGUUCACCUACCGCGGCGUGGACCUGGACCAGCUGCUGGACAUGUCCUACGAGCAGCUGAUGCAGCUGUACAGCGCGCGGCAGCGGCGGCGGCUGAGCCGGGGCCUGCGGCGGAAGCAGCACUCGCUGCUCAAGCGGCUGCGCAAGGCCAAGAAGGAGGCGCCGCCCAUGGAGAAGCCGGAGGUGGUGAAGACGCACCUGCGCGACAUGAUCAUCCUGCCCGAGAUGGUGGGCAGCAUGGUGGGCGUGUACAACGGCAAGACCUUCAACCAGGUGGAGAUCAAGCCCGAGAUGAUCGGCCACUACCUGGGCGAGUUCUCCAUCACCUACAAGCCCGUGAAGCACGGCCGGCCGGGCAUCGGCGCCACGCACUCCUCCCGCUUCAUCCCGCUCAAGUAGCCCCAAUAAAGCGCGCUCCCGCGUG